CUAACCCAACCUUAUUCCCUCACAUUGCUACAAAACAUGAUGAUUCUAUUAUUAAAGAUAAGCAAAGAAAAUAAUGACGAAUAAACAAACGCCUUACCCGUUCUAGAGUUACUGGUAGACAAAAUAAUAAAGAACUACGCUUGAAAUGAACUCAUCUGGAGGCUAACCCUAAUCCCUCACAUUACCAAACAUGAUGAAUCUAUUAUUAAAGAUAAGCAAAGGAAAAAAUGGCGAUUCAACAAACGCCUUACCCGUUGAGUUACUGGUGGCCAAGAUAAAGGCACUGUGAACUCCUCUGGAGGUAUCACGAUAUAUUCUCAAGAUUCCCUGAAACGAUUUAUAAGUUCUAUAAUUUUUGCAAUCCUAAAUUACGCUAUAACUAUGACCAUAAAUGAUGAAAGAAAACCAAAAACGAGAGCUGGAAAGUUAUACCUUGAGCGCAAAGAACCAAAGUUUGUUGAACACGAUAAAAAUACGAUUUUUGUGCGGGGACAAAAUGCCAAUUCUGUCAUACUUAACUUAUUAAAAGAUCUAUAUUCUUUCAAAAAACAUAGUAGCAAAUUUUUGGGCAAGAAAAACCCCAUCAGACCAUUCGAAAAUCCUGUAUCACUGGAAUUCUUUUCGCAAAAAAAUGACGCUGCCUUAUUUUUCAUGGGUACUCAUUCCAAAAAAAGGCCGAAUAAUUUGAUUAUAGGACGCAUGUUUGACUUUCAUGUUUUAGAUAUUUACGAAUUUGGUAUGCAAAAUUAUGUCCCAUUGAAAGAUUUUCAGAAAAGUAAAAUUAUGGAAGGAUCGAAGCCGGCUCUUAUUUUUAAUGGGCUCAGAUUUGACAGUGACCCUACUUUCAAAAGAUUAAAGAAUUUAUUAAUUGAUGUAUUUAGGGGUCCGCAGAUUGAUGCUCUAGCAAUAAAUGGGAUAGAACAUGUCAUUUCUUUCACUCUAUGCGAAGAUAUUGACUUAAUUUCAUUCAGGAGUUUUAAACUAAUAAAAGCGGGAAACAAUGAACCAGGCGAUCAAUGCCUAGACGAAAUAGGUCCCCGGAUGGACAUGAUGUACAAAAGAUCAAAUAUAGCAUCAGAAGAGUUAUUUAAAAAAUCGAUUAAACUUCCAAAACAAUUGAAAGUCAAAAAGACGAAAAAUAUAUCAUACGAUGAAGAAGGUACGAAAUUCGCGCGCAUACAUAUGAAACCACAGAAUUUGGGUGGUUUAAAAAGUAGAAAGAUUAAAGGUCUGCAGCCUAACAAAAUAUUCAAAACAAAAACUCAGAAUAUUAAUAAGAUGAAUGAAAGAAUCGAUUGAAAUUUUUAAAUCCAUUGUAUAUCAAAAAUGAUUUUUAUAUCCCCAUUACAAUGAGUAAAUAUUUUUUUUAUUAAAAUUAAAUACAAUGUAUAUAUUUUUUAUAAAUAGUUUAUGUAAAUAAUUAUUUUCUGAUAAGAAUGCAAAUGAUAUAAUUUUUUAAAUUAAAUUAUGAGGUUUAAUGGCCAAAUAAUUUGUUGGAAAUAUGCUCACAGAGUUCUUCAAUUUCAAUUUUUUCAAGGCUCGAGUUUGGCCCAAAAUUUCUUAUAAAUAUCUUGGACUUAAAUUGUUUGGCCUUUAUUAUAUAAUAUUAACUAUUUUAUUUUGAUAAAAGAUAUGAAAAUUUUAUUUUGAUAUAAAAUGUGAAAACAAUAUUUUAUAUUGUGAUAAAAGAUGU